GAUCCCAUACCGCCAACAGCGCAGAGGAGGCCGCGCCUUUCGUCUGUUUCUGCACGGCACCGGAGUCGGAGGAUCCGGUCACGUACUACUUGGAUGAGCCCGAGUGUCAGGCAGCAUGGUCAGCCGAAACACCCAUGACCACGCAGGAAGCUGUAAAGGCAGGCUACGCUGUGGUGGACGGAGGUGCCACCAAGACGCUUGGGAGUGUGACAGCCAUCGAGAACAUUCUUGCCAUCAACAACCAGAAGUGGGGGAAGGAUAAGCUUAAAGGGGUUGAUCGGGACAAUCGUCCUCUCUUCGGAUUCGGAAAUUCGACAGAGAACAGAUGCCUUUCAACUAUCAAGCUUGGUGUCCAAGCAGGUGCCCAGGAAGGUGAGCUCAGUGUGCAUGCUUUGGGGCAGGGUUCAGGGCCCGUGCUGCUUUCAGUAGACACGCUGCGACGGCUGAAAGCUGUCAUAGACUUUGAUAGCGAUCUGGCCGUUUUCAGGGCACUUGAUGAUUCCAGAGUUCUCAAGUUGGCUAGGCCGGGAAGCGCAUUCCAGGCCUGGAUGUGCAUCUGCCGCAAGAGUAGGGACAACACCUCCCAUCACCGGCCCCUGACGGGAAAUGGGAGGAUAGACGGGUUCGUUUUGCAUUACACACCAGUGGAGAGCCUUCAGACCAUCACACCGGAGCACGCACCGGUCCAAGACAGGCAGCAGCUCCUUCAGGCGGAUCCCCUGUUCAGCAACGUCAUGUCGACGGCACCCGUGACCAAAGGCGCCAUCGAGAAGAUGAACAAGGGACAACUGCAGACACACCUGCAGAAGUUGGGAGAGGAGUGCCCCAGCCAGUGGGGCAAAGCAGAGAUCAAGGCUCGGAUCUACGAGGUGAUGGAGGAUCUCGGCGAGGAGAUUCCCAGUGGUCGCACGCGGCCACCUCUCGCAACCAUGAUGACCGAGAUGAACAAGGCAUCCCGAAAGAAGGCCGAGCUUGUGACCUAUGCCGAGGACAAACUAGGCCUGAUGAUAUCCCCCAACAUGACCAUCCGCCAGAUUCAGAAUGCCGCGAUCCGCAAGAUCUACGACCUCUCACCUGCGACCGACAUGGACCCAGUCGGCUUUGGUCGACACUCGGCGCUGACCUACGGGGAGUUGAUGACGAGCCAGCCGGACUACUGCAAGUGGGUCCGCACGACAGCGGACGAGAACGGGAAGGAGUCCGACUACCGACUGCAAAGGUUGGCAGGCUGGCUGGAGAAUCAGACGAUCAAGGACCAGGGCGAGAAGAUCAAGCAGCUCAUGAUGGCCAUGGAGAUGAUGAAGGAACAGAUGGAGGCCUUGACCCCGGAGCCGAGGCGCAAGAAAACGGAGGCGAUGAAAUCCGAGGGCGAGAUUACCUCACCAGAGAGCUUCAGCAUGGUCUCGAGCAGCGGCAAGGGACAGGGACACAAGUCGUGA